AAAUCAAAAUUUAAUUGAUAAUAUAUUGAGAGAUAGUUUAGAAGAAAGCAAUAAUAAAGAUGAUAAUAAAGAAGUUAUUAAAGAAAAAACAGAUUUGUUUUAUAUAUUCUUAUUUAAUUUUUUACCUUUUCAAUAUAAUCAUUUAUUAUAUGAAUCUCAAUUAAAUUUAACUGAAGAUCUAGA